ACUUUGGAAGCGAUCGUGAGUUGUCAGCACGUCAUAGGUCCGCCGGCACGAGAUCUGCGUCUUUCUCCAUCUCACCCCUCAGGGCACUGUCACUCAGGUCACUCAACGUAAACCGCUUAUUUACGAGAGCCGAGCUAGCAGGAGCAGUUUUUGCGACGAUGUGGAUUCAAGUGCGGACCAUGGACGGCGCGAAGUCGGCGCGCAUUGACGGCCUUUCGAAGCUCACUAAGGUGGAUGAUUUGCGGCUUCGUGUUCGCGACGAAUUUGACGUUGAAACAACCUUGCAGAGGCUCUUCUAUCGAGGCAAGCAGCUGGAAGAUGGAUAUACUUUAUUUGAUUAUGAUGUUGGAUUGAAUGAUAUUAUUCAGCUGCUAGUCAGGGUUGUUCCGCCAGACUUCACAAGCACAGCAUCUUCAAGCUCUUCGACUUCACCCAAAGAGAAUCCGAAGGAACCGGCCAUUCCUGAUACACCUUCAGGGUCCACAAAAAGCCAGUAUUACAAGGUGGGCGAUCUGGUGGAUGCCCAGGAUUCAACAAAUGGAGCUUGGUUUGAAGCCAAAAUUGUCAAAAUUACCCAAGCAGCGAAGACAUCUACACCAACAGACAAUGGAGAACAAACUAAUUUGGUGAAUGGUCAUGAGAGUGCAAGCGUAACGGAGGCAUCAAAUCCAAAACCAACAGCGAAGUCACAGCCUUUGCCUACGUGCUCUGCAGCAGAUGGACCAUCUGAGGAAUUGCAAAAAGCAUCUGCAACAAGUGCUGUUACAGAUGAUGGCUUACUUUACCAUGUUCAGUAUGAUGACUAUGAAGAUGAAGUGGCUGCACUAAAUCUGAACUGUGUUCGGCCACGAGCCAAGAAGGUGAUCCCCUUUGCAGAUGUGAGCAUUGGUGAUCGACUCAUGAUUAAUUUCAACGUUGAAGAGCCAUCCAAACUGGGUUUUUGGUAUGACUGCCUGGUGACCUCAAAGAAGUCAACUCGCACCCAGAAAGAGCUGUGGGCCACCAUAUUUAUUGGGGCAUCGCAGACGCCUUUGGAAAACUGUCGUCUCAUGUUCUGUGAUGAACUUUUUGCCAUUGAACCGCAUCCGGCUAUAAAUGCUGCCGACCGUCAAAAUUUCGAGCAUUCCCCUGUUAAACGUCGACGGCAACCUGAAUGCACACACUGUGGCGACCGACCAGAACGCCGCUGCCGCCACUGUGCGUGCUGUCGAUGUGGAAGUAAAAAAGAGCCUGAGCGGCAGUUACUUUGUGAUGAAUGUGACCGAGCUUUUCACUUGGGCUGCCUGGAGCCUCCUUUAGAAGAACUGCCUGAGGAAGAACACUGGUUUUGCCCAGACUGCAAGCACGAUCCAUCAGAGGUUGUUCAGCCUGGGGAAGCAUUGAAGGAGUCCCGGCGCAAAUCCCGGCUGCCGUCGGUGGUUGGUGAAGGCAAACGUGACUGGGGUCGUGGCAUGGCCUGUGUGGGACGCACGCGUGAGUGCACCUUGGUGCCAGCCAACCACUUUGGGCCUCUUCCUAAUGUGCCUGUUGGUUCCAUGUGGAAAUUCCGGCUUCAGGUGUCAGAAUCGGGCUGCCAUCGGCCACCAGUUGGAGGAAUACAUGGCAGGGAGUCAGAUGGGGCCUACUCUAUCGUUCUUUCAGGAGGUUAUGAGGAUGACCAGGACGAUGGUGAGCAGUUCUUGUAUACAGGCAGUGGUGGCCGUGACCUGUCUGGAAACAAGCGCACUGCAGAGCAGUCUUGUGACCAAAAGUUGACUCGCAUGAACAUGUAA